AUGGCUCAAAAACAAGCGACGAGAAACUCCAUCACGCUAAAAGGGUCAACACAAAUUGUCACCGAGUUCUUCAACUUCGCAAUCAACAGUAUUCUCUACCAUCGAGGGAUUUAUCCUGCUGAUGACUUCCAUACCGUCAAGAAGUAUGGCCAGCCAGUAUUACUCACAGAGGACCCAAAUUUAGAAGCUUAUUUAUCCAAUAUUUUGAAGCAGGUAGAGAAGUGGCUCAUGAACAAGAAAAUCAAUAAGCUCGUGCUUGUUGUCCUCAAUGCAGCAUCGAGAGUUGUCCUAGAGAGAUGGGAGUUCGACAUACACAUAACGAAGCCUGAAAUAGGAGAAGAUGGUUCUGUACCCGCAAAACCCGAGAAGGAGAUCAGGGCAGAGAUCCGUGCCAUCCUAAAGCAAAUCGUCGGGUCAAAUGCGUACAUGCCCACCUUAUCCGACCCAUGUAUUUUCGACAUCCUGGCCUAUACCGAAGAAAAUGCUGAAGUUCCCGUCGAAGAAUGGCGUGACACUCAUGGCCACCUGAUUGAGGCUGGAAAGACGCAGACAGUUAAGCUCAAGAGCUUCGAUACGAGCUUGCAUAGGAUAGAUGCCAUGGUGGCGUACCGUUAUGAAGGCUGAAACGUGAUCGGGCCAUGUUACGUUUUGUGUUCUCCACUUGCAUCGUAUGGCAACUCAACCAGGAAAUACACUCAGGCAUUGUAAAAGAUCGAUACCUCAAUGAUAAAAUGGCUGAUUCACAAUCAAUAUUUACGCUUUCUGAAUACCUUCUUGGCGUUCGGCAAUCCCGCUUCGUGUUGAUCAUCAUCGCGGUCCAUUGCAUCCCGCUUACUCUCCCGUUUCCUCUUCCGACCUCCUUUUCCCCCUCCCUUCCCCUCCUCCUUUUCCUCCUUCAUCUGCUUUGUCACUGCCCGCUGAGCCUCGCCCACUCGUUCCCUCAAGGCGGCUACCUCAUCCUUAUCUACAACCCAUUCAGUCAUUUUCUUCCCAGUGACACUUUCGAUUCGCUGUAACAGCUCUACAUCGUAUUGGCUCACGAAGGUGAUACUCUUUCCAGCACGUCCUGCUCUCGCUGUCCG